CUCCGGUCUCCCUUCCACAUAUAUACGCGUCCUUCAGAGUAGUCCUUCGCGUCGCACUCGAACUUGGCUCAUUUCCAGGUUGUGAUGGACUUGCGUAGUUUAGCCAGAGAAACCUUCUGCUCAUCAAACAAACUGUCGGCUUCUACUGGUUCAAACAAACUCACCAAGACAUACACACAUGUAAAAAGGGGGAACUGCUGCAAUAUACAGAACAACACAUCAAAGCUUCCUGCAUUUUCACAGUGGAUCCUAAUAACGUAACAUUAGCACUGCUGGUCAUAUCUGGACAAUACAACCGUUGAGGAUGCCUCCUGGUUUCCAUGUUAUUAACCUUUUCAGUGCUCUGUGGCUGUUAUCCAUAGACUCUGUUCUCAGUGAGGAUCCCAGGCUGCUGGUGAGUGCGGUUAGGAACAUUGCUGUGGGGUCAGACUAUGUUGUUGUGGCCACUGAGUCCUGCCUGUACCUGUUUGAUCACACCCUGAGCCAGAGGUUGGCUGAAACUUCAGCUAAUGAAUCUAGCACUGAGUGUCGUGGAAGUGCCCCCGGACAAGCAACCAUGGGGCAGAAACCUCCGUAUAACAUGUUGUUGCUUGUGUAUAGGGACAUUGUGCUCAGUUGCUGGAUUACAAAUACCAGUUUUUGUAAUGAGAGGAAACUGAACAAGUUUGAGAAUAUUAGCAGUAUUACCCCCGAUCUCCUGACACCUAACACAAGCCUCUCAGCUGCAGGAAUUGUAUUCAGUAAUGAACAAACCUAUCUCAUUCUUGCUACUUUUACAAACAAACACAGUGAUCUGCAUCCAGUAUCUAUAAAAACAAGAGAAACUAUGGGAUUUAUAACAGAAAACGAAAAUAGCUAUGCUGAAUUAAAUACAACAACUGUUUUGCAGUUUGUGAAUGCAUUUUCUUGGGAGAGAAUUUUUUUUUUUCCAUAUUUUGUACCUGAGUUGGAUAAUGCUAAAAUACUGUCUGUAAAGAAUCCCAAAGGAGCAGAUUUACAGCUUUGGGGCCUCGCUCAUCUUCCUUGUGGUAGUGAUAUACGAAGAGGGGUGAUUCUGUCUUCUUUCCAUUUCAUGAAAUCAGGAGGACACUUUUGGGCUGGGAUAUUCACCAGUCAAAGCCAAGCUAUGAGCCCAGAUAAGACAGCGCUCUGUAUUUACAAUCUUACUAACAUGAUGAAACAAGAAAAAGAGUGUAUUGCAGAAGACUUUAGAGAUGAAUGUAGCAGUAAGGAUCACUCUGCAAAGAAUUCUCUUCCGAUUCUUCCAAUAAACCUGGGACCUACUCUGACCCAUGGCAACCUAUCUGCUGUAUUUGCAGUGGAAGUGCAGAAUAAAAUGGUUUUUUUCUUGGGAACUGGAAAUGGACAGGUGUUGAAGGUUACCUUGGACUCAGAGUGGAAAGCAAACUGUCCAGAAAUCUUAUUCCAGUUUGAUAACGACACUGCAGUGUCUCGAACAAUCAAAGCUGAUCCUGUUAACAGUACCUAUAUAUAUGUAGCUGCAGAAAAUAAGAUAAAACGGAUUAAAGUUGCUAACUGUGAAAGUUUCAAAACAUAUAAGGAGUGUUUAUCAGCAAAGGAUCCCUACUGUGGAUGGUGUCAUUCUCAAACAAGGUGUACACUAAAUGCAGAAUGUAUACCUUCAGAUGUUCCAGGUAACUGGAAUGGCAUGUCAGAGGAAGGAGGGAAUUAUUUGGAUUUUCUUGUUGUACCUAUAAAGGACAAACAGCUUCGAAUAACAGCUAAGUCAAGCAAUGCUAAAAAUACCACGUGGCAAUGUACAGUGCAAAAUGUGGGUACAAAUAAGACACUUUGUAAUGGUGUGGCAGAGAAAAACUCCAUGAAAUGUUCCUGUCUGGUCUCCACCACGGGAUUGUCUGACAAUGACCAACUAGGAAUUGAAUUGACAAACGGAAAAAGAUCAGUUUCAGAUGUCUUCCAGUUUAAAAAGUGUCGGCAGCUGCAGAACAGAUGCAUGGAGUGCAUACAGAGUGGGUGCCUAUGGUGCACUACUAAUGCUACAUGUACAUCUCCCUUAACCCCAUGUAAAGAUUAUGGAGAGAAGGCAAACUGCACAGCUUUACCACCAAAACCAACCUAUCAGGUUAUGGCUUUACCAGAGAACAGCAUGUUGGAUAAUAAGGACAACAUUUCUAUUAAAUCAAUAAGCUCAGAUAGGAUAUCCUAUCUAGGAAAGGACAUAUUAAUAACUGGUGAAAACUUACAAAAUCUGUAUAGCGUGCUUUUAUUUGGAACAAGCAGCUGUCCAGCACAAAAUGUUGAAAUAUCCCAAAUUGUCAAUGACACACAUGCUGUCCUGUCACUUCCAAAAAGUCGGAAAGAAGUCAAGAGCAUUUGUUUUAACCCAAAGGAAAAUGGCUGUUCUGAAAACAAAACUAUUAACUAUGUAUCCUUGCCGUCUUGCUUUAACAUAUCACCAAACACAGCAUGGCAUGGGGGCGGUCGCAAUAUUACAAUUACUGGUAAAAAUAUGGAUAUUGUGAACAGUCUCAUUGUAUCAAACACAUUACAUCAGUGGAGGCCUAUAAUCUUAUGUCCAGGAAACAUAUCACAAUGCAAAUUUCUUGCUCCACAGUUUGCAGCACCAACUCAGUGGUUAAAUAUAAACAUGAGUGUGGUAGACAAUACUUUUAUAGCAUGUGGGAGUUUGAAAUAUCUGGAAAAUCCCUGUUUCACUAGUUUUGCGGUUCUUAAUGAUAUUGACACUGAACUAGAACUACGAAUAAAGAAAACAAAUGAUAAUUUAGGUAUUCAGAGACAAGAGAUGCAAAUUCACAUCUAUUAUUUAAACAAGAUCUAUGACUGCAUUGUGUAUAACAUUACCCAAAACUUGAAAGAAAGUACUGUAUUUUGUAAAGCAAAGAAAGAUUCUAGAGAUAAAAUUGAUGUGUCUAUAAUGAAAGUAAAUGUGACUUUGGGAAAUUUUACAACAAUUUUGGAAACCCCUGGAUUUCCACGCCUGUACAUUCUCCUGGUUUUACUGCUUAUACCUCUUUUGCUUGUAAUCAUUGCUGCCUGUUUAGUGACCAAACGUAAAUCCAAAGAAAUGAGCAACAAACUGAGUGAGCAGCUUGAACAGUUGGAAUGUGAUGUUAUAGAAGAAAUUCGCAGUGGUUUUGCUGAAUUACAAAUGGACAAGUUAGAUAUGACAGUGGAAAGUUUGGGUACCAUUCCAUUCCUUGACUACAAACAUUUUGCUCUAAGGACAUUUCUUCCAGAGAUGGAGGAGAGCAAAAAUGAUUUCACUGAGAAAAUGUAUGAAAAUGUCCCAUCACCUUUCCGAAACAGAACAGUUGAUGAAAAUGAACAUUUGCAUCUUUUGAGGAAACUUUUUGAGAAAAAGCGUUUUCUGGUCCAUUUAAUCCACACCCUGGAACAUCAGAGCAAUUUCUCAGUUAGAGACAGGUGCCGUUUUGCAUCAUUCCUGACCAUAAGCUUUCAGAGUAAUCUAGUAUAUCUCACUGAACUCCUUGAGGUUUUGAUAAAAGACCUUAUGGAUCAAUCAAGCAACAAACAACCCAAACUGAUGCUUAGGAGGACAGAAUCUGUUGUGGAAAAGCUACUGACCAACUGGAUGUCUACAUGUCUGUAUGGCUAUCUGAGGGAAUUUGUUGGGGAACCACUGUACCUUCUUGUUUGCAUGCUAAACCAGAGGAUUCACAAAGGGCCAAUAGAUGCAAUUACCUGUAAAGCCCUAUAUACCUUGAAUGAGGACUCUCUUCUUUGGCAAAUAAAUGCAAAAUUCAGUAGUUUGGACCUGAAUGUGUAUUUUCCAAAUGGCAGUGAAGAAAAUGUAACUGAAUCUAUCAAGGUGACUGUUUUGGACUGUGAUACAGUUGGCCAAGCAAAAGAGAAAAUCGUGCAAAAGUUUUUCAUUAAAAAAGGAUACAACUGGGGUUUUCCACUUCAUGACACUGGUCUAGUGCUUCAUCAUGGUCAGUUACAGAAGCAGCUGUCUGAUAUUGAUAACACCUCAGUUGUUUUGGAAAAUGGCAUCAUAAAACUAAAUACCCUAAAACAUUACAAGAUUGAAGAUGGGGUAACAGUUAAGGUCAUCAUACAGAAAAACUGUGAUGUGCAAGAUUUGGAAAACUCCAGUAAAUACUAUCACCUGGUUUUACCAAGUUCUCAAGGAAGUGAGCAAAUAGAAGGUGAAGAAAACCAAGGGAAACACAAAUUUCAAGUAAAAGAGUUAUAUCUGACAAAGCUCCUAUCCACUAAGGUUGCAAUUCAUUCAUCUGUAGAAAAGCUGUUCCGGAGUAUUUGGACCAUACCAACCAACAAGCCACCAACAGCUGUUAAAUAUUUCUUUGAUCUCCUGGAUUCCCAGGCAGAGAUCAAGAAAAUAACUGACCUUGAUGUGUUGCACAUUUGGAAAACUAAUAGCUUACCUCUUCGUUUCUGGGUGAAUAUCUUGAAGAACCCUCAGUUUGUGUUUGACCUAAAGAAGACGCAUCUCUUGGAAAGCUGCCUGUCAGUCAUUGCACAGGCAUUCAUGGAUAGCUUUUCUAUUUCAGAGCAACAUCUAGGAAAGUCCUCUCCGACCAACAAACUUCUUUAUGCUAAAGAUAUUCCAAUGUUUAAAGAAGAAGUGAAAAAUUAUUAUAAAGGUAUCAGAGAUGCACCUCCUGUCUCCUCAGCAGAACUUAAUGAGUUCCUAAUGGCAGAGUCGAAGAAACACGAGAAUGAGUUUAAGGAAGAUGUGGCUUUGUUGGAACUGUACAAGUACAUUAAGAGGUAUCACCAAGUGGUUCUGGAUAUGUUGGAGAAAGAGCCUGGAUUUGAAGAUGAGCAAAAGCAGCUCCUGGAUAUCACAGCAUUAAUGGAAGAUAAAAAGAAGUGCAUGUGGAACUGAGAGAAUUACUUCCAUGUAUAGCACCUGCUUUUUCUUUCCAUGGACCUUACAUAGGGUUUUACAUUUAUCAUGCAUGCGUAUAAAAUGAGUUAUCACCUAAAACUUAUAUAAAUAUAUAAUAUAUAAAUGGUUUCUACCUGAAUGAAACACUCUGUUGCCUAAUAGUCAAACAGAUAGUUCAUCUAGUGGGACAGUUGUUUCAUGUCUUUCUAUUGGCUGUAAUUCAUUUAUCCAUAGCACCAGUAUUAUGACUGUCCCAUUGCUAUUUAUGUAUGCUAUUUAAGUAUGUGGAUGAAUGAGGUUGUGCAAACUAAACUAUUCUUUGUAUUGAAUAUUUCUAGAAAUGGUUAUACCUUGGUAAAACAUUUUUUUUACUUUUAUAAUCUAAUUAAAGAUAAAUAGACCUGU